GUUAUUUGUCCGGCGUUCACCACAAACCCGUGGCAGCCUGUGAUCGCCCCUGCCGACACUCUCCUCCAGUAGACUUCUCGGCGUUCGCCUUCCUCGUUGCUGCUCCAGCGUCCGUCAAGCCGGCUAUGAGCAAGCUGAUCGGCGUGUGCGGCGCCACAGGCAAGCAGGGCGGCGGAGUGCUGGCCGCCCUGCAGCGCAUCGGUGGCUUCAAGCUGCGCGCGCUCACCCGCAACCCCGCCAGCCCCUCGUCCACCAAGCUGGCCGGGCCGGAUGUGGAGCUGGUCAAGGCCGACUUUGAUGACCCCGUCUCCCUGCGCGAGGCCUUCAAGGGCUGCGACGCCGUGUUUGGGGUCACCGACUUCUGGGUGGCCUGCGGGGGAGACGGCGACCGCGAGCUGCAGCAGGGCAAGAACCUGGUGGACGCAGCCAAGGCGGAGGGCGUCAAGCACUUUGUGUGGAGCUCCCUGGAGGACACCCGCCCCGCCCUGGCGCCCUCCCGCCAGCCCCUGGAUUCCAAGGGCAGGACGGUGCCGCACUUUGACGCCAAGUCUGAGGUGGAGGCUUACCUGAGGGAGCAGCUGCCCACCGCCUGGACCUGCGUCUAUCCCUCUGUCUUCUACGAGAACUUGCUGCCAGGCGCCGGCAUGGACCCCCAGCCCCAGCCAGACGGCUCCUUCCUCAUCGCGCAGCCGUGCCAGGCCAAGAUGUCUUGGAACGCCACCGCCGACAUUGGCAACGUGGCGGCGGCGGUGAUUGCGGGCGGGCCGGCGGCGUUUGCGGGCAAGCGGGUCGGGGUGAAUGGGGAGGAGGCCACGCUGGCAGACGUGGCUGCCGCCUUCAGCAAGGUGUUUGGAAAGAAGGUGGCGGCGGUGACCCCGCCCCACGAUGACUGGGCCCAGAUGGUGGUCGGCUUUGGGGUGCCGGAGCCGGUGGCAAAGGACCUUGCCAACAUGUUCCUGUUUUACGAUACCGUCGACAUGCGCCAGCUGCGCCCGCUGUCAGAGACGAAGCGUCUUGUGCCUGGGGUGCUGGGCCUGGAGGCGUGGCUGGAGCAGAACAGGGCCAAGUUUGCGCCGCUGUUUGGCUGAGCCGCCCUGUCCCGCCGCUCCCCGCCGGGGCCACAGCGCCAUGCACGUCUUUUGCGGGACGAUUUUCAAACGAGCUGCGCUGUUGAAGAGGUUGAUUACUGUGAGAAAACCAUCGAG